AUGUUUAACAAAAUGUGUGUGACUCAAAUUGUUUUGGUGUUAUGUUUUGCCUCAGUAAUUUUAGAAAGUAUAGAGGCUCAAUGUGUAAGUAGUUACAAUGGCAUAGGAUUAGUAUGUAAGGACAUUAAAAAAAUUUCUCGAGAAAUUUUGAACGAAAAUUAUGAAGACACUUUGCUUUUUCACAUAAUCAAUACCACCGAACCCCUUGGAUUGUCUGCUUUUAAAAACAUGAAAAAUUUAAUAUACCUUAAGAUAUCAGGCGGCAAAAUUGGAAUAAUAUUUUCUAACACUUUUAAAGACAUGCCACUUUUACAAGAGGUAGAUAUAGAAUCUGUUAGGAUAGAAGAAAUUCAAGAAUCAACAUUUUUCAAUCUACCCGGGCUGGAAAAAGUAACAAUAACAAAUAUCGAUAUUUCAUUUUUAAGAAGAGGCAUUUUCCGAAAUGUCCCAGAACUUUCCCAUAUUAGUCUUCGUAAUUCCAACCUACGUUAUAUAGAAAGUGAAUCUUUUUACGAGGUGCCAAAAUUAGAAUCACUUUUUCUUGAUAAAAACUUGUUAACUAUUGUGAAGAAAAAUAUGUUGUAUAAAUUGACUAAUUUGAAUACUCUAAUUUUGGCUUACAACAAUAUAUCAAUAAUAGAAAAUAAUAGUUUUGACCAUACUCCGAAUUUAUCAAUCCUGGAUUUAACAAACAAUCAACUGAAAGAACUUGAUUGGAAUAUGUUUCCUACGACCGGAAUGAAAUAUUUAAAAGGGAUUUAUUUAUAUAAUAAUCUAUUGAUGUAUUUGCCAUCCAAUUUUUUUACUAGAUUACCCAAUUUGGGGAAAAUUUUCCUGAAUCACAAUCCAUGGUUCUGUCCUUGCCUGAGAGAUAUCGAGAGGACGUUAUACGAAAACAACAUUCUGGAAUUGUCUCUGCCUAAGAGUUCAAAAUUAAAGUGGCUGGCACCGGAACAACCUUCGCCGAGAAUUCCUAUUUGCAUCAACAAGAAUGUCUCCGACAAUAUUUGUACGAAUACAUAUAGUGAGGAAUUAAGUAAAAAAUAUUCGAAAUACUUAAAAGAUUAUGAAGAUUUUUUUUAA